AUGUCUCCCCGAGGCCUGAAAGCCUGCUGCCACGGGGAGAGCAUUUCCUCCGCCAGGAGACAGGCCAUCCAGUACUUCUGCACGAUAUGUGAGGAGACUUUCCCGGCGGCCUACUGCAGUUCUACCGGCCCCCAUGAUCCAACUGGAGAUGAGUUCAGAAACCGUGGAUACACCAGCCUGGGUUGCUGGAAGGACACAUGGAACCGUGCCAUUCCCACACUCGAAAGGACAGAUGCACGCCUAGACGGCUUCUACAAGGCACGAGCCAACGCUAUAGAGAAGUGUUACCAGGUAGCACGUUCUCGUGGUUUCACCGUGUUUGCUGUACAAGAUGGCGGCUGGUGUGCUGGGUCUGCCAAUGCGCUCAACACGUACAGGAAAUACGGGCCUUCGCGUACCUGUGCAGCGGACGGCGAGGGAGGGCCAUGGGGAAAUGCAGUCUACAAGAUUACAGGUGGACCUAUAGCGGGUACGUGCUUGGCGUGGGGUGAUCCUCACUACAUUACGUUUGACAACCGUCGUCACGACUUCCAAGGAACGUGCAAGUACGUCCUGGUGCGUCACGCCGACUUCACGGUGGCAGUCCGUAACGUCCACCGUCCCGGUCGGAGCCAGCGGGUGGCCUUCUGCGACCGUGUGGAGGUGACCGUGUACGGGUACAAGAUCCAGAUUCGCAGCGGGGGCGGGAGAGACGUCCUAGUGAAUGGAUACCGCCGAAGCCUCCCUGUCUGCCUGAACCGCAAGGUCUCCAUCUCCAUCAGCGGGUUGAACGUGAUGAUCCAGACGGACCGCUGCUUCUCACUCACGUACGACGGGAACCACCGUGUGGAGAUCAAGGCUCCAGCCUCCUACAAAGGAAAGCUUAGUGGAAUGUGCGGAAACUACAACGGCCAGCCGAACGACGACAACCUGAUGCCGGGAGGACAGGUCGCCUCCACCUCCCUUCUGUACGGAAACAGUUGGAUCGCUCCUGAUGACGACACCUGCCCGGACACAAGACCUCAGGACAAUUUUGACUCAAACGACAUCCGCCCGGCUGAUCGGCAGAGAUACCUGCAUCCGAGCAAGUGUGGACUUCUCAAAGCUGCAAACGGACCUUUUCGGAGUUGUAACUCCAUUGUGAGUCCAACGGAGUUCGUGGAGACGUGCGUGUUCGACAUGGCGGCGUACCGGGGCGACCAGCUAGUGCUGUGUCAGAACUUACAGGCGUACGCUGACGCAUGCGUAUCAGCGGGAGGGAAACCACAGCAAUGGAGGAGGAGAGGCUUCUGUGCGGUGCCGUGUCCACCUCACAGUCACUACUCCCAGUGUGCCACUCCCUGCCCCCGCACAUGCGCAGACUCCGGCCCGAGGCCCUGUACGAAGAACUGCGUGGAGUCGUGUGUCUGUGAUAACGGUUAUGUGCUCAGCGGUGCCCACUGCGUGCCUUUAAGCAGCUGUGGGUGCUCUAAGGACGGGAAUCUCUAUGAGAAAAACGAAGUCUGGAAAUCAGGAAACGAGAUUUGUACAUGUCUGCCAACCAGACGUAUCCAGUGUGAGCGACAGACAGGUGGAGAAGUUUCGGUGGAAAUUGGUGGAACGGGCUGGAACACGGUAGGAGGGUCUUUGUCGUUCGUGUCCAUCGGAUUCUGUGGCGUUUGGGGCGUGAACCCCACCGGAGUGGUCUACUACCGAGUGGGCACGUACGGCAACGAGCGGGUCCCCGGGACGGGGUGGCUGACAGUAACCGGCGUCGGGCUUGUGCAGAUCAGUUCCGGCCAGGGCAUCGUGUGGGGCGUCACCGCUAGGUACAGGGUCUAUGUGCGAAUCGGCAUCACGGCCCAGCGUCCACAGGGCACGCGUUGGACAGAGAUCAGAGGCAGGGCCCUGAAGUCAAUCUGCGUGUCAGGAUACUACGUCUGGGGAGCAACAACCGCCGGUACAGUCUACUAUAGGACUGGGGUAACCGCAGCAAGGCAAUCAGGUACGGGGUGGGCGCAGGUGAGUGGGCCGCCCAUACGUGGUCUAUCGUACGUAUCAAUCGGACACUGCGGCGUGUGGGCAGUGACAUCUAGCGGUACAAUCUGGUACCGCAGCGGCACCUAUGGAGGCACAGGUUCGGUUGGAACACAGUGGGUCCAAGUCACGGGCUGCUCCCUGGUCAGCAUCAGCGUGGGGUACAACGUGGUGUGGGGAGAAUAACGGCCAAAGUACCACAGGGAACCGCCUGGCGAUUGGUCGGAGGAAGCCUCACUCAGAUCUACGUCAGUUCGUCGUCCAAUCGCGUCUGGGGAUGCGGACUGAGUCAUCACAUCUACCUCCGUGUAGGAAUAACAUGGAGCCAAGGACCUGUUGAUAUUCCCGCGCCCACAUGCCGCUCCAAGGCGGACAUCCAUGUCCUAGUGGACGGAUCUAAGAGUGUGAAGACACGGAACUUCCCCGCAGUACGGCAGUUCAUCCUGAAACUGGCGGCAGGGUUCGAGAUAGGCCCCAACAAGGCUAGAUUCGGUGUGUACCAGUUCGCUAAGGACAUGCAAACGGAGUUCAAGAUGAACCAAUACAAUAAUAGAGAGGCCUUGCUGGAUGCUAUCAAGAAGAUUGAGUACAUGAACCAAUAUCAAACAAAAACCGGACAGUCCCUAAAGGCUGUUUACGAAGAGUUCACCAAAGCUAAUGGUGCCAGGGAUGGUGUUGAAAAGAUUAUCAUCUUAAUAACUGACGGAAAGGCCACCGACCAAGUGAGACAGCCUGCGCAGUAUGUGAAAAACAAGGGUGCGCAUGUGUUCACUGUGGGCGUGGCUAAGUACAAAAUAUCCGAACUUAAGCUCAUCGCGUCGAAUGACGACUACGUGGCCACGGCUAAUGAUUUUGAAGACCUGGACCGGAUCAGAGACAAAGUGCUGGAAGUCGUUUGUCAAGCUGACAAGGGCAAACGUAAUAUUGGAGCCGAGGUGGACAACGGCCUGCAGUACCUGAAGCAAACAGCAGAGGCGCUGAUGGACGACCUGGAGGGACGGAAGAACCUGGGCCUGGAAACAGCACAUACGGAGACUGGAGAGGAUGCUGCUAUGCAGCUCAGAGAGAUGCUAGAUUCCAUGUCCGAGCUGACGGCCGAUGCCAUCGAGGCGGGCGAAGAAGCCACCAAGAAGGUGUCACUCGUCCUCAACGAGAUCGACCGACAACUGCAGGACAUCCGGGACCUCACGGAUAUCCGGGACCCGUCGAACAUCCGGGACCUCCCCAACAUCCGGGACAUUCCAGAGCCUGAUGGGUACGAGGAAUCGAGGGACCUUCACGACCCCCAGCCUGACGGGAUGGAGGAAAUCAGGAACGUUCUCGAGGCAGAUCUAGACAUGCUGGAGGAAAUCCGGAACCUUCAAGUUGACAAGGGUCUUGAACUUGAAGGACUGGAAGAAGACGAGGGUCUUGAACUUGACGGACUGGAGGAAGACGAGGGUCUUGGACUUGACGGACUGGAGGAAGACGAGGGUCUUGGACUUGACGGACUGGAGAAAGACGAGGGCCUUGGACUUGACGGACUGGAGAAAGACGAGGGCCUUGGACUUGACGGACUGGAGAAAGACGAGGGCCUUGGACUUGACGGACUAGAGAAAGACGAGGGACUUGGACUUGACGGACUGGAGGAAGACAAGGGCUUCGAACUUGACGGAUUGGAUGAAGACGAGGGUCUUGAACUUGACGGACUGGAGGAAGACGAGAACCUUGAACUUGACGGGCUGGGGGAAGACCAGGACCCUCAACCUGGUGAACUGGAGGAAGACGAGGGCCUUGAACAUGACGGACUGGAGGAAGACGAGGGCUUUGAACUUGGCGGUCUGGAGGAAGACGAGGACCUUGACGAUCUGGAAGAGGUGCUGAGAGAGCUUGAGGAGAUCAUUGAUGGAUGA